AUGGUGGAGCGGGCGGACGAGGCGCCGCUGCUCUUCUGGGCCGAGGGCCCGGCUGUAUCCGCGCCGCCGCCCGCGGCCGAGACGGGCGGCGUCGGCGGGCGGCGGCUCGGCGGCGGCUGGAGCGCUGCGCCGUGGGUCUGCGAGGAGGAAGAGGACGAGGCGGAGGCGGCGGGGCCGCCGCGGGCGGAGGCGGAGGAGGACCAGAUCGUGGCCGUCUUCGUGGUCACCUUCGACCCCCGCACGGGCAACAUGGUGGAAUGGUGUUUACCACAAGAUAUUGAUUUGGAAGGCGUGGAAUUCAAAUCCAUGGCAAGUGGGUCCCACAAAAUCCAGUCAGACUUCAUUUAUUUCCGGAAAGGGCUCUGUUUUGGCCUGGCCUGCUUUGCCAACAUGCCUGUGGAGAGUGAGUUAGAGCGUGGUGCCCGUAUGAAGUCUGUGGGGAUUCUGUCUCCUUCUUACACCCUGCUUUAUAGGUACAUGCACUUCCUGGAGAACCAGGUCAGACACCAGCUGGAGAUGCCAGGGCACUACUCCCAUCUAGAGGCGUUCUAUGAUGACAAGAAAGGUGUUCUCCCUGAUAGCAAGGGCACCACCACCUCCCAGCAACCUGUCCACUGGCUGCCAUCCAUCCACAGAUACAUGUACCCUGAGAUGAAGAUCACACACCCUGCUGGCUGUAUGUCUCAGUUCAUCAAAUUCUUUGGUGAGCAGAUUCUUGUCCUCUGGAAGUUUGCCCUGCUGCGCAAGCGCAUAUUGAUAUUUUCACCACCCCCAGUUGGAGUUGUCUGCUAUAGAGUGUACUGCUGCUGUUGCCUUGCCAACGUUUCUCUACCUGGUCUUGGAGGAACUGUCCCAGAAUCCAAACCAUUCUUCUAUGUGAAUGUGGCAGACAUAGAAAUGCUGGAGACAGAAGUAUCAUAUGUGGCUUGUACAACAGAAAAGAUCUUUGAGGAGAAACGAGAUCUCUAUGAUGUCUACGUAGACAACCAGAAUGUGAAAACACAUCACGAGCAUCUGCAACCACUCCUGAAAAUUAACAGUGCUGACAAGGAGAAAUACCGACGGCUUAAUGACCAGAGGCAGAUGUUAAUGUAUUCUCAAGAGGUGGGUGAGGACUGUAGCUCCUGUGAAGAGGAUCUUUUCAUCUUGUUUUUUAUGGAGCAGAACAACCGCAUAUUUCAGACACUGAUGGAGGUGUCAGCCAGCCAGGACAAGACCCUGACAGCUGACCACGCACGAGGCAUGGGCCUGGAUCCCCAGGGGGAUCGAAGUUUUCUUAUGGACCUACUGGAAGUAUAUGGCAUUGAUGUUAUGCUAGUCAUUGACAACCCCUGCUGCACUUAAACCAAGAGGAAGAGAAAUGGAGAGCAAAGAUCACUUUUUACAGACUACCAGACAUUGCUUAGGAGCAUCACUGGAACUCACCACGGCCACUGGAUGGAUCUCAUUUUAUUUAAUAACUUUAUAUGGAAAGUAUUUAUAAUUUAAAAGAAAAUGUGAUUCUAUUUUUACCCCCUUGAUUUCCCCAAGGAGUACCCACUCCGGGUUUUUUGUUUGUUUGUUUUCAUCUCCUAUUCUUUUUCACUUGUGUGUUUUGUUUUGUUUAGAUAGGACCAGUGGCAUCUCUGCACCAACCCUCACUGGUGCCAGUGAGCUAGGUUUUUGCCUACUCUGGAUGCAUGAGGGCUGAAGACUUCAGGAAAGCACUUUGUCUGAUGGGGACCAAUGUGAAAUGCUGCUGCUGAGCUCUCAAGACUUGGCUGGAAAACUCUACUGUCAUUCCCUUUUCCACUUGACUGAAGAGAGCUUCAGCACAGGCUGUUAGUGUCCCAGUAUCAUAAAACAUCUCCUGUCCCACCAUGUUUACAGGUGAGGACAGUUAAACAAAUGAUGAAGACCAGGACUCCUUUAAACACUCCUCACCCAACUUUUAGCAGCUGAAGUGGAAGAAAGCCACCCUUCCUCAUCAAUGGCUGAAACAAAUUUGGGAUAAGGAGGUGCUAUAGGAUCUUACGACUUUGCUUACCAGAGUGGUACUGUUUCAUCUCCAGCAUUUAAGGUACAAACAGUCUAUGAGACUAUACCUGCCUAUCUCACAGCUGGAAAAGAGCACUAUUUCUACUUCGUCCCUCCUUCUGCUUCCUCUGAUUUUCAGCUGUAUUGAAUCUGCUGAUUUGGGAUAUCUUCAAACCAGCAAGAUGUCCUCACAUUGAAGAGGAUCCAACAUCACUGAGCCCCCUUGCAGUUGCUAUGCUCUCCAGCCUCAGUUCAGAUGAUGCUGGGCAGGAUUACUUUGAAGAAGUAUGCCCUAACUAAUGUCACUAGCUCUUCCUUUGUAGCAGACAGUACUUGCCAUUCCUUUGUUUCAACACUGUCUGCCACUUCUCCUUUGUCAAGCAUCCUUCAGAACUGCCUCCUCGUUGAAUAUGAGAGAGAGAGCAGUAUGUAACCUUCCAGCUGGAAUGACUUUAAGGCUUACAGGAGGUUCCUCUGGAGUUUGGUGUUACUAACUGGCUGGAAGCAAUGGCUAACAGCAAGCCUUUUUCUACCUGGACAGACCACCGAGCAGGAUUCAGUUUAUACAGGGCCAGAGGUUUCCUCCAGAAAGUCUAUGCCUGUGAGUGGUAACCCUUUUGCCACGCAAAGUCCAAGAAUGGAACUAUGGGUUGUAGGUGUGACAUAGUACUUUGUCCAAAAUCCUUUAGCCAGUAGCAGCAUCAGCUUUAAGCUAACUGUUCUUUCAUGAACUACCAUUAUAGCUACUUAGUUGCUCCCUCUACCGUAAGGGACUUCAGCACCUUAGAGCCUUUCUGCAGUUUGUAGAGAUGCAAACUGUAGCUGGUGUUAUACCUUUACCAUAGCAUUUUAUACAGUGAGACAGCACCUGAACCUCUGAUGUCUCACCUGCUAAUUCUUCUUAAAACAAGUGAAGCGAGUGUUCCCCAAGUAGACUCCUUAUGGAUUGUGUCCCUCUGCAAGGAAAGAGCUUAGCAUUUUUUUCUUGAAGGCUAUCUGCAGCAAAGGAGUAGUUUUGCUUGCUGUGGAUUCAGAAUUUUCAGUGAGAUGUGGGACCAGAGGCACAAGAUUUAUUGCACAGUUCGUUGGUAUGAACUUAACCGGAUUAUGUUCUCGUGAUCUGUAUCCAAACAGUUGCUCCCAGUCUUGCUUUUCAGGACUUGGAAUGCUUUUUCUACAGGGGAAAACACUUGCUUAAACUGCCAGUUUUGGUGGGUUUUGUUUUUCAUUCAGGAAAGGUUAUGUUUUUAGAUUGACACCCAUGGUAUAAAAGUGACUCACCACCUCUAUGCCUUCUAGCUUCCACUUCAAUUCUAACACGCUGUCUACAGUGAAGACCUCUGGGGAAGUUUGGCAUACAUCAUAUUGCUGUGACUUAAUUUCCUUCAGAUAUUAAAAAAAAAAACCUGAAACUACUUUCCAACAAUUUUUUUCAUUUUCUGUGUAAUUUAGCUGUGAUCAGCUGUUGAUGACUUUUUGUUCUCUUUGGUAUUAGUAAUUCUUUUGCUGAACAAAAGAGGAACAAACCUUGUCAUGGAAGUUUCAAAGCCUCAAAGUUUUUCUAACAAACUGCAUUACAGCACCUCGUUCACAAGCUGUCAGAACAUCAGGGCGGUGAGACAGCAAGCAGAACCUCUUGGCUUGAUCAUUUAACGUUUAUUUAACCUCUGCUUUUCAGAAACUAGGUCUUCGGUUGUCAGCCAGCGUGGGUGCAGCAGCAACAAAGCAAGCAGGUUACUUUAAAAGUAACGUUCAUGUUGCAUCCCAGCUUAAUAGUUACAGCUCACGUUGCUCUUGUAAUUUUGUUUCUCUAUAGCCUUUCUUGGAAGGAAGUCAGAAGUAUCCAAACAGAAAACAGAACAAAAAGACUUCUCUAUCCUAAACCUUCCUCGUUUGUUUCUUUGCAAAUGAACUCUUCAUCCGCAGUCUCUUUUCUUAAUACAAUAGAUACUGCUUUUACUUGAUGUUGCACACAGAAAAUCCUUGACAGAGCAGUAUGAAAUACAAAAGAAUGGCUAUAGCUUGUACCACUAAGGCCUGUUUAACAGGCCGGUUUUGCUUCCUAGCCUUUGAACCAGUUUCACUGAGUUUUAUCUGUUCAGGAGCUAACUAACUGUUUUACUUUGAAUUAAGUACAGACGUUUUAAAUCCCCUCCUUGGAAAUUAAUAGUGCUUUUUUGAAUACUGGCAGCUGGAGGGGGGUUAUUUGAUAUAUUUUAAAAGAGGAAGAAAAGAAUGCCAUAAGGUAGGAUAUUGACAAGUACUGUAAGAUCUUUUUUUUCCAGUUAAAGUACUUUGCCUUUACAGUGGUGCCUUUAAUCUCUUGGUAUGGUGUCUCUGGUUGGUUGUAAGUGAUCAGAGGGCAGGUUAAAUAGUGAUUCUAGAAACCAUGUCUACCCAGUGCCACAGUAAACAGGCUGGUAUAUUUCUUUCUCCUAUUGCCUUCCUAGUACAGCAAUUACAGGAAAGAGCAAGAGCUUCACAGUUGCAUCUUUAGUUGCACUAGACACAUGUAAUUAAGUAAUGAAUUAUUAUUAUUUUUUUUUACUAUCUGGAGUAGAGGGUAAAGCUCAGAGGAGAAAUAAAUGCCAGGUUUUUUAAAUCUCAGUAGGUGAUAUACAGCAUCAGACAUUUAAAUCAUGAGAAAAUCUCGCUGCAAGUGUAGGGCAAGCAGCACUGAGCCAAAUACAAUUGAGAACAAUAGCAGAUGCUAGGAGGGAGGCAUUAUACUGAAUUAGAUUUCAGACUCAUCCUAGACACAUACUAACACAUGCUUUACUAGCUUAAAUUAAGUAGUUACUUAAGUAGUUAGAGCUAAUCAUGACAUCUGUCAGAGGAAAUGAGCCCUCCUACCCAGCAUUCUGAAGGGCAAAAGGAGGUUCUAUCACUUUUUCAACAAAGUAGCUUUACUGUACAAGCUCACCAAGUAAAGCAGUGUUGCUAAGACACUUCUUCCAUUUUAAGUGCCAAAGUUCAUUGGCAAGAAGUUCCUAUAGAAGCAGUGGCCCUCAUGGGGCAAAGGUCAUCCAUGCUUUGGGAGGGAGAAAGGGAGUGGUUUCUGAAACAGGGCAAAAGUCCUCUUGCAUUACAUAGCAUGCUAACUACCCUAAAUUCUCUCAUCACAGCUGUAACUUCUACAUUAGUCGCUGUUUUGUUGUUUGUUUUUGUUUUUUUUUUUUUUUUGUUCCUUCUCACCCCAAGCUAAUGGUCUGGUGAUGGUAGGAGAUAACAACACACUGGUGGUUGGAUUUUUUGUUUUGUUUUGUUUUUUUUGGAGGGACUGCAAUGUAUUGAUAUCACAGAAUGGCAUAAUGGCAGUGAACUGGGAUUUCAGAUCCUGCUUAAUGCAGCAUGCCAUUCAAAUGGAAAUGACUAAUUGUGGUUAAAAUAAACAGGUGCCUUAGGCUGGUUCAUUAUUAGGUUGUUAUUCUUCACUUUUAUUUAUGAUACACUAUUUUAAGCCCUUCUAGAACAUACUGUACGCUGAAGCCAGGAUAAAUGUUCUCACAGAGUGGGACCCAGUGUUCUCCUCCUCUUUCCUGUCUUGGGCUUCUUACAAAUAAAGCUGUUUGUCUUGCUGUCAGAUAGAAACAUAAGAACAGAGUCCUUUCCUCUACACUGUAGGUAGUAGGUUCAGCCUCCACUUAUUUUACGUUAUGAUUUCCUCACAUCUUUCCCCCUGAAUGUUGGAAUUCAGACAUCUAGAACCACUUCAUACUGAGAGGCCUCCGAAUUGUGAAGGAAGGGGAAAAAAAAUCACUUGAAUGAUAUUUAUAUAAGCUAUUCAACUUGCAUUGAUAUAAGUAUUUAAAUAUCAGCCUGUAUUUCAGACUGGCCUUGGUACUUCAACAUCAGCACAGCAUUACCAGCACCAGGUCUGAAAAGAGCUCUUGGUUACCCUUGAGCAAAGAAUCACACUUUUCAGAAGCCGUGGGUCUGGUAGUAGGUAAGGGAGUGAAUCAUUUUCCCCUUGAAAUGGUCCAAAUGAACCAGAAGCUGUAGGUAUCACUUAGCCCCUUUAAGCAGGCUGGUUGUAGUUAAAAGAGCUCUGGUGUUAUUUGCAUCUCGCAGAUGUGUGGUUGUUCCCAUAGGCCUGUGGCUGUGUAGUAGAACUGCUUACUAAUACAUAGGUAUUUUUUAAAACAAUUAAAGCUUACCUUUUUGAAAUGGCUGCUGCUUUGUCUUUCCUGCUACUUAGGCAAAAACACUGCUAAUUUUCCUAUUGAAGCCUCAGCUUCAGGAAAAACUCAGUUGGUGAGAACUGCCCCUGACAUUGGCUGCAGAACAACAUUCCAGAUGUCUCUGUGGCAAGCAAAAAGAACAGAGUGCAGCCAACGUGUCUGAGUGACCCAGGGAGCUGCUGGGCACUUGUGAUUGCAGAUUAAAUAAAGACAGCUCAAUGCAGGCUCUGUAAGCAGCACUAUCAUUAAAAACAUCUAACAGGCCUCUGCUCUCCUGUAUCAUAGUCAAGAAAGGGUUUAGUACUUAGGUAGCGAGUUUCUUCCCACUAUAGCCAAGGAAAGGUCAGCAUGCAGUUUGGUUCCAGCAUCACCCAGAAAACCAACUUGUUUCUGCCCUUUCAAAGCAUUUUGAUUUUAGCAUGCUGACAGCAGAGGAUGCUGUUGCAGCAGCAUGCAGCCAGGAUGCUGUCUUAAAGAAAGUGACUGGAAAUCGAUUCACUAAUGUCCUUACUUUGACUACAGCAAGGAAUCAACAGAUGAAUUUAGACUAGGCAUGGAGACUAUGUACAAACAGCAAUCACAUCAGAAAAAGUAACAAUCAAUUGUUCUCAAGUAAACAAGGCAGAAUCACGUAAACUUGUAAGUUAUAAUAAAGCCAACAGAUAACCUUGCUGAAGUCAGUAACAUUUCCUUUCAGCAAUUAAAGUGAAGCUAUUAAAAAAAAAAAAAAAAGCUCAAAAUCAACAAAGCCAAUUAUGGAACUGGGGCUCAAAGGGAUGUAGGUUGCAUAAAGAGUGAUGAGCACUAUUUGCGUUAGUGAGAAAAGCAACCAGGUACAAUUAAUAUUAAAAGUUAUUUGGAAGCCCUUACUUGCCUUAUGCUGCUAGAGGAACAAAAGAAAUACUUACAAGAAAGGCUCAUUUGGCUUGUUUUAAAGAGUCAUUCCACAUGGACUUCAUACUCCAAGUCAAUGAUGAUUCUCCAGCGUGCUUCUGUGUAACAUACCUAAACUUGAUCAAAAGAAUAUAUUUCUACUAUGUUAUUAACUAGAGCUCUGUGCUGUUGAACCUGGCAGGGUGAAGAGGAAACAAAGAUCUUACCUAGAUACAUACAUACUGGGAGUUUUCAAACUUCCUUUGAAAUCAUGUCACUGAUAUCCAAUUUAUUUUGGGACAGAGUAGAUAACCAUUCAGUUAUUUCAUAUAACAAUUCCAACAUUUCACAUACUUAGCAUUAGACCCCCCCAGAACAAAUUUUUCCAAGAUCCCAGCUUUCCUGAGAUUUAUACAUAGACAAUGUAAACUCUUACAACACAAGGACAAGUACUCUUUCUCUUUGCUUUAAUAUACAAUUGCAUUAAAGCAGUAGCAUUUGGCAUUCAGCACUCAGCCUGUAGUGCUGUGAAUGGAACACUAUUGACUUCAGGGG